AUGUUUCAGGUAAAACAAAAAGCGAACGACUCGAACUGGGCGUCGAGCCCUUACCGCGGAUUCCACAGCCACAACCCGACCUCAACUUUCAAUGAAAUCGUCUCAUUGGCGUUCGUUUCAUUAUUAUAAUUAUUCAAGUGAAAAAUAACGUUCUAUAGUUCAUUCAUAGCUUGCAAAAAUAUUUAAAAGAGCAUCAUGGAUUUAAAAAACUUUAAAAGCGUUUCCUACGUUCCUUCAUAGGCUUACCAAGGUAUAAAUCUAUUUUGAAAACGGUCUUACGUCUAUAUUUUUUGAAAUGUUCCCUCUGCAACUUUAAAGGCGGAGUAAGGUGUAAAUUUAAAAAAUGGCUCUUCACCUCGAGACCUUGUUGAAUCUACUUAUGCUCCUUUCAGCACCCCAAAAGCAGAUUCUAGUCAUUUUCGAGCCCUUUCUUCCAUUUUCACUGCUUCUAAAGAAAUUGUCGAAUUUUCUCCGAGAAAUGUGUUAGCGAUUACCAGAAACGGCCGUUUUUUUUUAUUUCUGAGCCUACAAAAAAAGAAAGAAAUAUUACACCUCUGCAUUUGCCACGCAUCUGUUGCCGCUCUCAACGAAUCAACAGAAAUUAUCGAUUUUUGAGUGUUAAAAGUGUGGGAAAAUAUCUUGAAAGGGAGUAAAAUAAUGAAUUUUGAACCUCUAAAAAAGCCUUGAACAGUAAAUGAGAGAAGAAUCUUUACUUUAUGUGGUUCUCGAAAAAAAAGAAUUUUUAACAGUUUCUUGAACUGAAUAAAUGGAUAAAAAUUUCACUAGAAAAAAACAUAAUUUUCGACAAUUCCAGUGAAUUAUUGUGCAAAAAAAGAAGAGGUUCAUAUGUUCCUACAAUAAUUUUGCUUCACAAGAAAAAAUUAAUUUUAAAUAACCAAAAAAAAUUCUAGGCCAAGAAAAGCUUCGAAAGGAGUGAAAUAUGAUCCAACUUGGGCCAAUUACACGUUUAUCAAUUAUUUAUUUCUUUCUAUGGUUCUUCAUUAACCUAAAUAAGAUAAAGGAACCAAAGUUUGAAACGAUUAUGUGAAAAUGUAUUCAUUCUUUCUUAUGUAUUCAAAAUUUCCGACUUUUUCUCUCAAAUUUCUAUCAUUUUUCCAUGAUGGAUUGGGUUGGCAAAAAAACCGUAAAAAAAGUUUGAGUUUGCGCCCUGGAUGGCUCUAGUCCGAUCUUAUAAGAAAUAAGAAGUUGGUUGUCGCCAGUCAUGCUCAUCCCAUGUAUGGGGAAAAUGUAAUAUGAGAAGAAAAAAAUCAAAUUUUUUUAAUUUGUUAAAUGCACAAGUGCACAUGAAUGAAAUUUUUUUCGGCGAAUUUCGUUUUUGUUUUAAAAAUUUAUAUUGCUCAGUAAAGAAUACACUAGCAUGACCGAAAUUUUGAAUUUUCUGAACUACAAUUAUUUUUCCAACCAUUUUCAAAAUUCUAUAGUUUUUCAAAAUUCUUUACUUAACCUUCUCAGCGUUUCUCUACGCAUCAACUCGACUUACCUAAAAGAAAUUUGCAGAUUUGAUGACGUCACAAGCAACUUCAACCACGCAAAGCAUGCGCGUUACGACGAGAUGUACACGCCUUAUUUGGGCACCUUCCGACAGAAGCCAAUGUACACGUCGAUAGCGCCAAGUCUCUGUAUCAAUAAGAGGUGAUCAUUCUAAAAAUGAGAAUAGUCAAGUGAAGAGUCAUUGGUUCGAAUUUAUUUCAAAAAAGGCAAUAAUUGAAAGGAAAAUAAAUAGUCUGUUCGUGUAGAUGCUAGGUUGAAAUGGGAAGAAUCAUAGGUUCGAAUGGUUUUCAAAAAGACAAAAAUCAAAGGGGGAAGUCAUAGUCUAGUGGUGUAAGAGUGUGUGAAGGCAAUUCUGGAAUUUAACAUUUUUAUCAUUUUUUUUAGUCGAAUGAACCAAUUUUCGUCAAGAUUGCCUCAAAAAAUGUUUAAAAAGUCUUAAACUUGAAAAGAAACUUUUCCAGCAACCGUGUGUGCGACUACGAGUACGUGCCGCACAAGUCCUACAAUCCGCGGCAGGGGGAAUGGCUCGUCGAGCGCGACCGUCACUACCGUGUUCCCACCAAAAGGCAUCCCAUCCAGCCACGCGCCUCUUCUGAACCGCCUUUGCCGCCGACCUACCGUCGCCGUUACGAAGUCCCCACUGACACCUUAAGGUCAUAAUUGCAACUUUGAAAACUCAAAAAAAAAUUAUUUCAAACAAGGCGGUAAAUUAAGUUUGAUAGAGGCAUAAAGGAAAAAAAAAAUAAGUUCUUGUCAUUUAAAAGCCAAAAAUAUUCUCAAAAAGGUGUAAAAAAUUAGGACCAGGGCUUUACGGAAAGACUAGACUUUCAUUAGAUUAAAUUUUCACUUGAAAAAUGCCGAGGUCUGUGAGAAAACAAAUAUUUUUAUUUUCUUUCUCAUUUUACUCGGCUUAUUUUACCAGAUACUUCAUGCCGUGUUCAAAGUGAUUUCGCGAAAUUCAAAAUAGCCGUCAGAGAAAGAGAAAGAUAACUAAAUUUUGGAGGGUCAGAGACAAUUUCGCAUUUCGCGGAAAUUACUUUGAACACGGCAUCAGGGAUUUUUUAAAAGAAGCUCAAAAAUUUCAUAGUUAAAAAAAUAUUUUUCUGAUAAAAUCUUGAAGAGCUCAAGCCAGCUCUAAAUUUACAGACACGAGAGCCAGAUGCCCUACUAUUUAAUUAUUUUGAGGAAAUCUCGAAAUUUAUGCUGGUAAAUUCUUUCAGAAAUGCUCUUUCGCGAUCUCCACCCAGUACACCAAUGAGCGUUUAUAAAUAUUUUCAGAAAGUAUUUUUUUUUCUCAUGUUAAACUUAAAUAUGAGCUCAAGUUAGCCCUAAACAUCCCUAGGCCUAAUUUUGAAGCCAAGAACCAGAAGAAAUUCCAGAAACUCGAUCGUUGAAUCUAAAAUAUCAGCUCAAGCAACUUACAGACACCAAAACCAGAUGCUCUACUGGAACGGGCGGGCCCUGGGCCUGGAGUACGCCAAGCCGUUCCUGCAACGUCCCGACUACUCCCUGGAGGAGGCCCGUCGUUACCAGCGGAUCUUCUGGUCUCCCGAGUUCAUCAACCUCCUGCCGUCUUGCCGUCAUGCCACCCACCUCAUGCUCUCCGCCUAUUAG